UAUGUAAUUUAAAUGUUGACAAUGUAUGCAGGUUAAGUUAAAAUGGGACAUUACAGCUAUACGCAGCCAUCAGAAGAGGAUGAUUUAUUUGGAAACAAUGAGGACAGUGAGUACAGCGAGACGGAUGAUCUGAUACGACGUGACCAAGCUGAGUUAAGCUUGGAACGUACUCAACAGGUUGACUACCCUCCGCAACCGGAGGUAGAGUUUGGUUUUCCGCAGGUUUGCUAUUGUGGUGCUACGCCACUGCUAGCAACGUCUAACAACAGGCAAGAUCAAGGCAGAAGAUUUUUCACUUGUGCGAACAAAGACGACGGCGAAUGCCAUGUCUACAAAUGGUGGGAUGAGGCGCUGAUGGAGGAAAUGAGAGCCAGAGAUAUCCACGUGCUUCAGCUAGGUGAAAAGGUAGAAAGCCUAACCCUUUUGAGUGACUAUGACACAGAGCAGAAGAUACGAAACCUAGAGAAGAUUGUGGGUGAUAUGGCUAAGGAGAAAUCUUCUUUUAGUUAUGGGUUUGAGUGCUUUGUAAUAGGCAUAGUUGUUCUUGUUGUUGUAAUAGGCUUGGUUGUUAUGUUUGGAUAAAUUUAACUUCUCUAACCGGCAUGGUAUGGGUUUUUACCGGAUG